AUGGCUGCAUCUACCUUCUCAUAUGCGCAAGCCGCAAAGGGCAUGUCCACCCCAGUGGCACAGAGCAAGCCGACGUCCGGCGCUGCCACACCAGCUAAAGAGGCUGAUUCCUCCAUCGCGAACGGCCCCGCCGAUUCCGUACCAAGCUGGGCUGACGACGCCGAGUCAGAAUCUGCGACGGAGCAGCCAGCAACUGCCCGGGAUGCUCAGCCGCAGACGUCGGCGUCUACGGCUGCCCCGCCCGCCCACUCCGUGGAGACGUCCAACAUAUCCUCACCCGACCUUGGUGCUUCUGCAUCCUCUGCUUCGACCGUGACCAAGGACGAUGACGUUUCCUCACUGCCAAACGCCUCCUCCGAGUCGACCUGGGACAACAAAUCGCAGGCUUCCACCUCAGUGGACAAGUCGGUCGAAGCUGUUGAGAAGACCUCAGACAAAGUGAAGAAGGGCAAGAGCGCUCCAGUCGUGCCACUACAGGAGGCGCCGCUGCCAGCUGUCAACAUUUGGAAAAAGCGAGCAGAUGAUCUGAAGUCUAAGAUACAGAAGCCUAGUUUUUCUCCUCUUCCAAACGGAAGUGUUGCAGCCAAGAAGCCUGAAUCCGCGACAAACGGCGGGAAAUUCAAGAGCAACGAUGACGACAGGACCGCCCAUGGUCGGAAGGACACAAGAGGCGAGAAUGACGCAAAGAAAGACAGCAAGGCCAAGUCUUUUGACAAGGACUUCAAGCACGCAUCAAGCACUCAGCCUCCACCUCCAAAACGCGAUCAAGAGUCCUGGCCGACUCCAGAGACCGUCAUUAACGAGGACCGCAAAAAGGCGCAAGAAAAGGGUGAGAAGGAGCAGAAGGAGAACAUUUCCGCUGCAUCGCACGGCAAGCACGAGUGGGUGAAAGUCCCAUAUACGCCAUCGGUUGUUUUCAACACACCGCUGCCCAAUGCUACCAACCCUAGACGAGGCGGUCGGCCUGGCGGACGCGGAGCAUCACAAUCCGGUGGUCGAGCCGCUACAUAUGGACCCAACGGAGCUGUUCAGCCUGAGAAGGAUGGUUCGGCACCUGUCAUGGCCAACGGGGAACACACUAGGCGCGAGCGUACCGAAGGAGGCGCUCCCCAAGAUGUCUCGCCCAAGGCGAAGCGCACCGGUAGUGCUGCAUCUCCGACAUUGAAGGCCCAGGGCCCAGCAACGACUGCAGAGAAGCCGAUGAAGGCAGCUGGAAAUUUUGUGGCGGAAGCCGAGUUCAGAUCCAGGACGUCUUCAUCCGCACCGGAUGCGAACCAUCAGUCUCACCAGAACGGCCCCUACCCUCGUCAGUAUCCGAGCAGACCCCACAAGCCCCGCCGUGGUGAUAUGUCCUUCGGAGGCGAGAGGAAGAAGGAUGGUGACGUGUCGCCCACAAAGGAUAACACUUUUGAUGAGCGACAGAAUUCAACUUCUACUCAGACAGAUGCUCCCGGUGACAGCGAGCGCCGACACUUCACCUAUCACGACGGUCCAAACGGUCAUCAACAUAAGCAGGGCCGUUACAGCUCAUUCACUGGUGGUCGCGAGCGAGGGCGAGGAGGUGGUCGCGGUGGACGCGGAAAUUACGCGAAUGGACACAUAUCUGCGCAGUCCGCUUCGUCAUUCUCGCUGGGACCCCGCUCCCCAACUACGUUUCAUCCCGAGACUUCGAGCUUUUUUACACCAGGUCAAGGCAAAUACGGACGUGGUAACAGCCGCUCGCAAUCGAUGACGAACGACCCCUACAGAUUUGCACCCUAUCAGGGUGGACCUCCGGUCGCCCCGAUACAGACUUACGGCAUGUAUGAUUACGGUAUGAUGCAGCCUCCUAUGAGCGCUGUACCUUACACUCCCUACAUGGAUCAGUACGCGCUGAUGGCAAUGAUCACGACUCAAGUGGACUACUACUUCUCGGUAGACAACUUGCUCAAAGACAUGUACCUCCGCCGCAAGAUGGAUUCCCAGGGCUUUGUUUCGCUUGAAUUUAUUGCCGGAUUCAACCGCAUAAAGCACCUAUCAACUGACCUCGAGCUGAUCAAGCUGGUCUGCCAGCAAUCCAAGGUUGUGCAGUAUCGUACCGGCGAAGACGGCCAGGACAGACUACGUCGUCGUGAAGGCUGGGAACAGUGGGUCUUGACCAUGGCCGACCGCGACCCGGUUGCGCAGAACGACGGACCCAAGGAGCUACACCAACCGCCAGUUCCGCAACCAGCUGGCUUUGACCAGUCAGGUGCUCCACAGUGGCCUAUGUCUGCCGUUGAGCCCACGGGCCCCAUCGUCAGCAGCGCAUCCAUUUCACCGAUGAACGGCUACGGCCAUGGCAGUGACCAAGACAAGGAGAUUAUGAACGACAGCACAACCAAUGGUAGUGUAGCUAAGGAGUCGAACGGUGUGCCAAACGGUCACCCUGUCGAGACUUCGAUCAAAGCUGUAAGUCCCAAACUCAAACCUUUUCAUACUCGUAGGCUGUGA